CGCGGCGGUGCAGCAGGCCCGGAGGGAGGCGUGGCGUCCUUCUAAGCAGCUCGCGGGGAGGAGGAGGAGGAAACUCGAACCUCGUCCCUCGUUCACGCCCCCGCCCCUCGCCGCCGGCCACCCCUCGCCCCCUCCUGCGCGCACGCCCUAGCCGUCCUCGCCGCCGCCGCCGCCGCCGCCGCCACCAUUAUGCUGGAACCGAGCAGCUCUGAGGAGGAGUCCGACGGAGAGGUGAAGGAGGAGCCCGGAAUCCCUGGGCGCGGACUGCCGUCGCGAUCAGGGGGCGCGAGCGCCGCCCACGACCACCAUGCCCCUGAUGGAGGCCCGCAGGCGCCCGCCCCCCACCCGUCCCUGCAGGUCCCCGGCGCCAACAGCUCGCUCCCGAGGAGACCGAGCAUGCGAGCGGGCCAAGGGUAUGACAGUAGGAGCGUGUCUCCGGCGAGCACCCUCAGCGUGGACACCCUCAGCGUGGGCGGGGGCUCGAGGGCGAACUCUCUCCCUCGACCCACCUCGCCCUCGCCCUCCGUCAUGAGCGACAAAACCAUGACCCAAGAGGACCCCGCGGAAAAGCAAGAACGCGAGGAAGAGGAGAGGAAAAAGCGACUACAGCUUUACGUGUUCAUCCUCCGCUGUAUUUCGUACCCGUUCAACGCCAAGCAGCCCACCGACAUGACCAAGAGACAGAUCAAGGUUACCAAGCAACAACUCGAGACGAUUCAGGGACGGUUUCAGAGUUUCCUGAAGGGCGAACUCCAGAUCGCAGCCGACGAGGCCUUUACCAACGCGGUGCAGAGUUACUACGAAGUGUUCCUGAAGAACGAGCGCCUCUUGUCCAUGGUGAUCUCGGGCGCGUGUUCGCAGCACGACCUGAGGGAGGUCUUCAAGCACAACGUCGAGAAGAGAGUCAGGUCAUUGCCAGAGAUCGACGGCCUAAGUAAAGAGACUGUCCUGACUUCCUGGAUGGCGAAGUUCGACAUGAUCAUCAAAGGAGAGGAGGAGAGCAAACGCCCAGGCAGGAUGCAGCAGAGCCUGAACAGCGAGCUCAUCAUGCCCAAGGAACAGCUUUUUGAUAUGUUCCAGCAGAUCCUCAGCUUGAAGAAGUUUGAACAUCAGCUGCUCUUCAAUGCCAUGCAGCUGGACAGCCAGGAUGAACAAGCAGCAGCCAUCCGCCGAGAACUGGACGGCAGGAUGCAGAAAGUUGCGGAAUUAGAGAGGGAGUUAGAGGGUCUUAAGAGAGAUCCAGAAAAUCGCAAGUUGAUGCCCAAGUUUGUUGUGAAGGAGAUGGAGUCCUUGUACCUUGAAGAACUGAAGACCUCUAUCAACCUCCUGAUGGCCAACCUAGAAAGUCUCCCAGUGUCCAAGUGCUCGCAAGAAGGCAAAUAUGGCUUGAAAACCCUUAGAAAAUACAAUCACAGGUCAGAUGGGAGCAUGGAAAAUCUAAGUCUAAGUAGACGUAAAAGAUACAAAGUUUUCGAGUACCUGUCCCCGAAAUUAAGAAGAAGCAGGUCACAGAGCUCACUGAGCGGUAGAGACAGCGACAGCAUGGACAACGAGGUCACACUCACCAAGAUGGAUGUCGUUUUGUCGUUUGUAUUGGAGGUGUUGAUCAUGGAGGUUCGGGAGAUAAAGCACUUGCCGCCCAACAGAAUCGUAUAUUGUACUAUGGAAGUUGAAGGGGGUGAGAAACUCCAGACGGAUCAGGCUGAAGCUUCUAGACCAAUGUGGGACACUCAAGGUGAUUUCACAACUACACACCCCUUACCAGCUGUAAAGUGUAAGCUGUACACAGAAUCUGCAUCUAUGUUAUCUCUAGAAGACAAGGAAUUAGGCAGAGUAGUCCUAAAACCAACUGCUCUCUCUCCAAAGAUACCAGAAUGGUACAAGAUGCAAGUGCCAAAAAAUUCACCUGAGAAUAAUUUAAAUAUUAAGAUAACAGUGCGUAUGGACAAGCCCCAAAACCUUAAGCAUUGUGGGCAUUUGUACGCCUUAGGAAAAAGCUGCUGGAAAAAGUGGAAGAAGCGAUAUUUCUGUUUGGUACAAGUGUCGCAGUAUACAUUUGCUAUGUGCAGUUACCGGGAGAGGAAGAGUGAACCCACAGAAAUGAUGCAGUUGGAUGGGUAUACUGUGGACUAUAUUGAAGCUGUGUCAGCACAACUUAUGGUUGGAAUGGAUUUGGAAGGUGGGAGAUUUUUCUUCAACGCAGUCAGAGAAGGGGAGUCCAUUCUCUUUGCGACAGAGGAUGAGAAUGAGUCCCACCAGUGGGUGACAGCCUUGUAUCGAGCCACAGGCCAGGCUCACAAGCCAACGCCACCUGUUAUGCCUCAAGGAAAGAACUCCACUCUUUCUAAAAUACAGGGAGAUGCUGACAAGGCGAAGAAACAUGGCAUGGAUGAAUAUAUUAGUGCAGAUCCAGUUAGAUUUGACCACCAUAGCCUCUUCAGAUUAUUACAGACACAAACCCUUGAAUAUCGUCUCAAUGACCCAUAUUGUUCAUUGGGGUGGUUCAGUCCAGGCCAGAUUUUUGUUCUGGAUGAGUAUCAGGCCCGUUAUGGUGUCCGAGGUUGCUUCAGACAUCUGUGUUACCUUGAAGACCUACUUGAUCGUGCCGAGAAGGGACAGAUGAUUGACCCGACUCUCAUACACUACUCCUUUGCCUUCUGUGCCUCCCACGUUCAUGGGAACAGACACCAAACUACAAGCCCCGCCGAAGAUGGGACAGUGACAGUAGGCCAAGAACAAACUCAAGGCCAAAUAGCCCCUAACGUUCCAUUUCCAACAAGACCGGAUGGAGUGGGAACCGUCCUGGCUGAAGAGAAGGAGCGCUUCCAGGCCAUCAAGGAAAGGUUAAGAGUCUUACUUGAACACCAGAUUACCAACUUCAUGUAUUGCUUCCCAUUUGGUCGACCUGAAGGUGCCCUCAAAGCCACACUGUCUUUACUUGAACGGGUAAUGAUGAAAGAUAUAGCAACUCCAGUGCCCCCUGAUGAGGUGAGAGGCAUGAUUAAGAAGUGCCUAGAGAAUGCCGCUCUCUUAAACUAUACCCGUUUGUCGGCUGAAACAAAGAUUGAAGGUGGAGACACCACUCUGCAAGAGGACCUGAGUGGAGAGUCAGCAGUGUCAGCGAGCAGGAAACUUUACGAUCUUAUUCACCUCGCAGAGCUAUGUGUCGAUCUCCUUCAGCAGAAUGAAGAGCAUCAUGCUGAGGCUUUCAGAUCGGAUAAAGCUUUUGCUUGGUUCAGUGACCUUUUGGUAGAACAUGCAGAGAUCUUCUGGUCCCUGUUUGCAGUGGAUAUGGACCAGGUGUUGGCCGAGCAGCCACCUGACACCUGGGAGUCAUUCCCGCUCUUCCAGAUCCUGAAUGAUUACCUGAGAACAGAUGAUAAUCUGAAAAACGGGCGUUUCCACCAACACCUGCGGGAGACGUUUGCGCCGAUGGUUGUACGAUACGUGGAUCUUAUGGAAUCCUCGAUAGCUCAGUCCAUUCACAAGGGCUUCGAGAAGGAACGGUGGGAGAAUAGGGGGAAACCUUCAUCUCCAUCGGACUCGGAAACCCCCAAAAGAGUGGACCCAGUGGCCCUCGCCAGGAAUGGAUGUGCGACCUCAGAGGAUCUCUUCUGGAAGCUUGAUGCUUUACAAUCUUUUAUCCGAGAUCUUCACUGGCCUGACCAUGACUUUGCCAAACACCUGGAGCAGAGAUUAAAACUGAUGGCUUGUGACAUGAUUGAAUCUUGUAUAACACGAACGGACCAGGCAUUCCAACAGUGGCUGAAGAAGGGGACUGGCUUCGUGUCCACAGACUAUGUGCUCCCAUCAGAAAUGUGUGCAAUGGUGAAUGUCAUCUUGGAUGCUAAGAACCAGUCCUUUAAGCUGUGUGCAGUAGAUGGUGUUGAUGUGCACCAAUACCACACCAAAAUUGACGACCUUAUAGAGAGAACAAGCAGCUCCAUGACCCAGGGAAUGGUAGCCAAGCUACUCUCUGUGCUGGAGUCGGUCAUCUCUAAGCUCGGUAGAUAUGACGAGGGAAGCUUCAUUGGCUCCAUCCUGUCAUUUACUUACAAACAGAAUGUGAGUGGGUCUGGAAAGGAAUUGGGAAAAGCAUACAUUAACUUUGCAAGAAACUCCAUGGACCAAAUUCGCCAGAAGGUCAACGACGAGCUCUGGAUUUUGAACUUGUUUGAGCAAUGGUAUGCUGCCCAAGUCACCAUGAUCUGUUCUUGGCUGAGCGAAAGACUCGACCACAACCUCCAUCCAUACCAGUGCACCUGCCUCGCACACAUUGUCAAGCUCAUAUUCUCAGAUUUCACAGCGUAUGGCCUAGGCCACGAACAGACUGGGAUUCAGGCCUACAUGGUGGUGAGCCAGCGUGUGGAGGCCGAGCAUCAGCGCCUGAUUCGAAGCGGCAAACUCAAGGAAUAAGUCAACCCUUCCCGUCGUCAAAACCAUGUCCCGUGUUGUUGUCUUAGUCUUAGGAUCUUUUCGUGGCAGGAUGAGUGUUUAGAUGCCUGAGCGCUGCAAACCAAUGACUUUGGCAACCCGUUAAUUUCCCUCCCACACAACAAAGUUGCCAAAACUCUUGUCGGACAUUUCAUAGAUAAUGCGACUUCACGUAUAUUCAAGAUUAUUCCUGACGUCCGGUUUCUGUCCAAUACUUACCUAUGCAAAGCAAGUUCUACAGACCAUUAUUAACAUGUGAUUUGCCUUGGCUGCCAUAUUUAUUUGGUGCAGCUUUGGGACCAUCACCAAGUAAAAGCUAUAUAUCUAUCUAUAUCUGUAUAUAUAUAUACCAGUGUUUCUCUUUGACAUGCAGGAGUUUAAGCACUCUUCCUAUAGACAGAACUCACACUUCCCUUGAUCUACGGGAGUCCUUCGAGCUACUGUGGAGAAGGUGGCUGCUGGUGACCUACUACACAUGUGUUAUUAUAUCUUCUAGAAUCUUACCUCUAACACACAGUUUCGAUGUUUAUAUUUUGCUGUGCUGUGUUUUAUUCAUUUAUAAAGCUAUGAUUCUGAUUCUGUAGUCAUGGGAUUUUGAAAAAUAAUGAUAAUAACUAUUGUUCUUAAGUAAUCUCUUACUGCUGUGCAUCUAAAAAGGGAGAAUAAUGAAUGAGUUAUUGAACAGUAUAUUAUUCAACUAAUCUAUAUCAGCUAUGUGGAAAUUUUGAUACAUAAGCUACAUUGUACAGACUCAUAAGAAUAAGAAUAAGACUGAAAGGAAAAAAAAUAUUUUCAUACUCAGUAGAAGUACGCCUAACCUAAGAUAACAUUAAUAAUUUCUGUAUGAAUUAGAAAGCGUUUGAUAAUCUAAAAAAGCCACAUCCAGAAUCCAAAUAACGUUAAGUUAAUGAUCUGAAAUGUAUUUAUAUAUAUUUUCCCUGCUUAUAAAAAAAAUACUAUGAGAGCACAUGAUAAAAUAAAAUUUUAUCUCCCAGUUAUAAUUUCUGACUUCUUUUGUUUUAUUUUUUUCGCAAACUCAUUUCACUCCCUUCUUUAUACUUUCUGUUAAAGGAAAAUAACCUUCUAUUGUGUCACUGCAUGUGCUUUGAAUAUGUACGUACCUUUGCUCAAAAUUUAAUGUCCUAAUUCUGUACAUAAAAAGAAAAAAAUCAGUGUUUACUCCUCCACUUAUAACAUAACCAUGGCUUCUGGUGCAUUCAACCCUACACUAUAAACAAUGGCAUUCAUCUGUAAUGAGUACAAUAUUGGUAAUGUGUAAUAAAAAAAAAAGAAUCAGUUAAAUUUUCUGCUCUGCAUUUCUAUGGAGAAAAGAUUAUCAGUGAAUGAUAUUACCCAACAUUUAUGAUAUAUCAGUGCCUAAGAUGCAUUUUGUCAUAUUUUAUUUCAACAUUGCAUUAUCAUCUUAAAAUAUGAAAACAAGUUUCUUACAUUAUUUUUCUUAGAUUUAAUAUUCAUUGAUUCCGUAUGAUAUAAGAAGCUGAUUUUCAAACCAUGGAAAAUACAUUUGCUUAGAAUAUAAAUGUAUAUUCUGAAUUAAUUUGAAAUAAGGCAAAGAAAUUUGAUAGAUCAAAAAUUUGAUAAUAUUCUAUUUCUUCUAUGAUAUUUCUGUUUCUUUUUCCUCUUUCCUUUUUUGUUAUGUAGGCUCUUUUAAAGUAAUUGUAUGGAUCAAUUGAUAUUGGAGAUGAAUAUGUUUUCCUAUCUUUAUUGACUAUAAAUAUUUAGAAUUAAUGCAUUUUCAAAUGAGGUUAUUAAAUAUCAUAUAAAGAUAUGCAAGGAUGAGAUAUGAAUAGAUGUAUGAGAAUAUAAUAAUGUAAUCAGUAAUCCGUAAGCGAAUGAUAUUAGCUUUUUGGUUUGCUCCUGGUAUGAAUCUAGAAGUUGGGUUGAAUUCAUGACAGUUAUAAAUCAGGAAAAUGAACGACAACUCACAGCUAUAGACGGAGUUGGUUUUCUCUUGCUAUUUAAUUAUGUUUUUCAUCCCUUUUCUCUCAUUUGCCAUUUUCUCCUCUCUGUUCCUUCUUUGCAGAGAUUCAUCUCUUUUAACUGAGUUGUGGGAGACAGAUACAUGUGCUUAAUCUUAGCAUGGCAGUAAAUACAUGCUUUCAGAAAUGAAAGUGUAUGAGUAAUACAGUCAAACCAAGAAAGGAUCCAAUGAUAUAUAAUAGACUGAAAAAGUUGAAUUCCUGUAGAUUGUUUAUUAUACAGAUUCUUGAAUGAUAGCAAAAAAUUUAAUGGAGACAAAUGUCUGUUUUUGUAAAAGACAUAUAUUACUUUAUUUAAUUGAUGACUGGGAAUACAAUCAGUUUUAUUCAUAAUAAAGAAAUGCAGAUAACUCUUUUAAUUUUUGUGGCAUUUGAUGAUUUUUAGUAUGAUACUUCUUUCAAGAAGAACCAUAUGGCAAAGUAAAAACAUUUAGAGUGUGUGUUGCAGUGUACUGGAGUACUCAUUCAUUAGAUAAAUAAUGAUUUAUAAUAUAUUCUGCAGCAGUGCAUUUUAUGCUAAGGCUGAAUCCUGACAGUUCCAUUCAACAUAUUACACCCAUAAGUAAUAUGUUGUGUUGUAUUUAAUUUAAUGAAAGUGAAAAAGAAUGGUAAAUGUAGAUAGUUUCAGAAAUCAGCCGUUAACUAAGCUAUUGGUGGAGUGACAGUGAUUAAUUUUAUCCUCAGCUGAAAAACUACCAAACAUGAUAAUAUGAUUUUAUUUUUUGGUCUUGUUUUAUUGAAUUGAUUUUUUGUUCACAUUGCACUGCAAACAAAACAAGUGCCAUGUCAUUUUGUGUAAUGAUGCAUGCUCUCUUUUGGCAUUAAACUGCAUUUAUCCUUCCAUUUCUGACAUUGUUCAUUUGCAACAUGGUAUGUACAGGAAGUAUCUUCCCAUAAUAAAAAAUGCAUGUUAAUAAAAUACACUUCGCAUGAGAACCCUAUAGUUUCCUUGAACACCACAUGCCGUAUAAGUUGUACAUUGUUUGUAUUGUACUUUUGUUAUUGUAUUUUGUAUUGUUUGGUCAGAAAUAUUAAUUUUUUGUAUUACCUAUGAAUUGAACUUUAGAUUUCAAUAUGAAGAUGUUGAUUAGAAUUUGAAAAUGAGAGCUGAUGCUUGUACAUAGUUUGAUAAGAAAAGAAAAAAAGAUGACAAGGUGUGCCUAUCUCUUUGCUCAUUACUAUUUUAAGUGAUUCACUUUUUCUGCCUCUGUUUCCAGCAGAUGAAUAUAUAUCCAUGAUCUACAAGAGAAUAACUUUUUAGGAUAAUCAAUAUUAUUUGCAUGUAACUGUAACAUAUUUCUGAUAAUUAUGAUUUAAUUGUCCAUAAGUUUUAAAGGUUUAACAUAUAGAAUAUUGAGAAUGGGGGUCAUGGCUAAUUAUAAAUGUAAUUGCAGAAAACCUUCUCUCUGUCAGUUUACUUCCCUUUUCUUCAAACAUAAGUAACCUAGUUUUAAAUACAUGUAUGGCUUAAUUUCACUUGAAGUAAUGAAGAAAAAUGUGUAUAGAACAAGUAAGCAAUAUAGCAAGAGAAAAAUGUGUAUAGAACCUGUCACAUUUUCUUUCCUUAUGACUAUAUAUUUUUCAUGCAAAGAAAUCUCUGGGCAAAUUUGAAAAAAAAAACUAUAAUGAUUGAACAGAAGGAAACCAGAAGUAUCAUUGAUUAAAGUGACAUCUACAAUGCAACAAAAGACUUGUUUGUUAUUUGUUGUUAAAUGUAGUAAAUCCUCACUUAAAAAAAAACUGUAUUAUGAUUUUUUUCCCC